AUGAAGAUCCUUCUCACCGUUGGAGUUAUCCUUGUGUGCGACUACACUGUGUUGUAUGCUCAAGAUAAUGUAGAAUUGCCUAUAGAACCGGAAGCAAGGGCAAAACUGGGGGAAUUUUCCAACAGCAUGGGUUUCCCGGAUGGAGCAGCUGAUCAAUUCAUGAAACUUCGACAAGAUUUUGCACAAAAAGCGGAGGAGAAAGCAAAAUUCUUGAAAUGGAACAACAAACUGAAGAUUCCGGAUCUAGACUGCGACACGAACUAUGAUGAAGAGACGAACAAAAUGAAAAAAGAACUGGAAGAAGAACACGGUUCAGAUUAUGGUAAACUCAUUGAAGCAUACGAAGAGGAUGGUGAAGAAACGGAUCUUACUUGCUUGGUACCAUCAAGAACCGAAAUCAACUGUAAAUCGAAAAAGUGCGAUAAAAAAUAUAUUGGGAUUUGCAUUUGUGGACCGAAAAAGUGUGAUGUGGAUGAUGAUGGAUUAUGUGAGAGUGGAUCUUUGAGCGUCUUCACUUUCGGUGUCUUUGUCAACUUUUGCAUUUUCUACUUGAUUGUUUCCUUCUUUUGA